AGGUCAUUUAAGGUGAAUACCUGGUGUAGACAACUUCGUCGAAAAAUGCUCCAGUGAACGUUCCGCUGUGUAUAGUGGUUAAUACCAUGCGGUUUUGUAUAGUCGAAAUAUUGUUCAGCAUCAUCGCGUUAUCGGAACCGCGGGGCGUUACUUUGUAUGAUAACAUCAACUCUUCUGGACGGCUCGUCAUGCCCUUAAUGAAUAUCUUUUCCAUCACCAAACGAGUCACGUGUUGUUUUCCUUUCCCAGUUGAUCCAUGGAAUGAAAAUGUCAACGCUUAACGAUGGGGCCCAUGUAUUGGAUCCAACCAAAAAUUGAAAAGGGCUUCAAAAACCAAGCUCCGAUUUGGACGUACCUAUGGACGGACGUAGCGACGGACAAGAGAAAUGUUUAAUGCCUCCGACUGAGAAGCGUUUCAGACAAAAAGUACCAGUCAAUAUUUCACUUGCAUAUCAGACGACAGUUGUCAUAGAAGAUGCCUGGCAGACAAGUGGUUGCUGCCAUCGACUUUGGGACAACGUACUCGGGCUAUGCUUACGCCUAUUAUUCCGAGUUUCGGAGUGACCCCCUUAAGAUUUAUGCCUACACGAGAUGGUCGAACGAAGCUAAUUUGCAAACCAUUAAAACACCCACGACCAUUUUGUUCAACAAAGAUAGGAACUUCGACUCAUUUGGUUAUGAAGCGGAGAUGAAAUACGAAAAAUUGUCAGCGGAAGACACUCACACAGGCUGGAGAUAUUUCAGAAGGUUUAAGAUGAAACUUUACGAAAAUGAAAAGAGAUUGAGAAAAAACUUAAAAUUGUAUGAUGACCAAGGAAACCACAUGCCAGCAGUAGAAGUGUUUGGAGCAGCAAUACGAUAUUUAAAGGACCACGCUCUGAUGCAAAUAAGACACAGAGCAAGUGACUUUCAUGACACGGACAUCGAUUGGGUACUUACAGUGCCAGCCAUAUGGGAAGAUGGUGCAAAACAAUUCAUGACAUUGGCUGCAAACACGGCUGGAAUCCCGACAGACCAACUCAUGUUGGCGUAUGAACCUGAGGCGGCAGCAAUUUAUUGCCAGCACCUAACGCUGCCAUCUUCAAUGCAUAAUGGAACUGACUACGUUGAGACCAAUCCGAUGUCGAAAUUUCUUAUCGUGGACCUAGGAGGAGGUACGGUGGACAUUGCAGCCUACGAAAUGCAAGACAAAGGGUUUAUUAGUUCUCUGAGUUCUCCAUCUGGGGGACCAUGGGGUGGUACAGUUGUGGACCAAGAGUUUCGGUCGUUUCUCGAAAGUCUUUUUGGAAAAAUAGUGCUAGACGAUAUGUGUACACUUCAUAGUCUAGAGAUGGAUCAUGCAAUCGAAGCAACAAAACGCGCCAUGGCGAAAUCCAAAGAGGAUGUGAUGUUUAAGCCUCCGCCGGUGUUUGAUGGCAUAAACAGCAUGGCAGAUGUACGAACGAUUCGAGAUCGAAUAGUAAUAGGGAACAACGUUUUUACGAAGAUGUUCACAACGCCGAUAGAGAAAAUAACUGACCACGUCACAACUUUACUGAAAGAUCCCAUUCUGCAGGGUGUUAAGACAAUACUACUUGUUGGUGGUUUUGCAGAGUCGGAUAUAAUACAAAAUGCGAUGAAAGAUAAGUUUUCACAUCGAUAUAACGUGAUCAUACCAGAAGAAGCUGGGCUAGCUAUUUUGAAAGGUGCAGUUAUAUACGGACAAAACCCAUGUGUAGUGGUUACAAGACGGCUUGCAUUUUCUUACGGAAUAAGCAUCGAUGUACCGUUUGACGAUACAACACAUCCAGUGGAGCGUCGUUUCAUCCGCAACGGUAAAGAGAUGUGUGAAAAUGUGUUCGAUGUGUUCGUGAAGAAGGGCGAUGUAGUGACCCCAGGCGUAAUAACAGUCCAGCGGGAACUGAAGGUCCCACACAUUGGUGCUACGGACAUUCGGGUGGAUGUGUACAAGUCUGGAGAGGAUUGCAUACCAACAUUUAUCACCCAAUGCAAAAAGGUUGGCGAAUUGUUCUUUGCGUUACAAGCACCGAGUACAACCGAGCAAGUAUUGAUCAAAGUCCAGAUGUCUUUUGGUGGGACUAGGGUACUUGUGGGAGCCCAAGAAGUCAACCAACCGUGGAAUUGCGUCACAGCUGAGUUCGAUUGGCUCAUGUAGCUGUCAGCUGGACAAAAAUAUAUAAAAACUUGUCUUUGAAUGUCCAUAUACAUUUUUGUGUGCAUGCGUCUGUGUGUGUUUUUGGGAGUAUAAAUUUGUACGUACGCUUUUGUGAAGCAUACACUUAACAAUUGUGAAAAUAAUUCGUUUAAAACAACCAAAAUAGUAAUCUGCGAUGUAAUUAAAACAUAUUUAAUAAACUUAUAUACCAAAAAUAUUGACACAUUGUGUAAUUUUGCAGAUAAAAAGCUGACUAUUUACAUGCUACCACUAAAUCUAAUAUGUUUGCGUUUAAUGAAAUUGUUCACAUAUUAAUUCGUUCGUCGUCCUUCGUGGGUCUCCUACUUUUAGCUCUCAUAAAUAACACGCAUCAGUCUUUCUUAAAAGUGGUUUUAUAAUCUAUAAUUCCAUUUUGUAUAUUUUGUGUAUUUUGUUUUACUCACAUUAUUAAGGGUUUAUUAACAUUCACUGAUACUUACAUUAAUUAUUUAUUGUUUGCUUGUGUAAAAGGACAUGUUAAAAAGGACAUGUCCCAAUGAUCAAUUUUUUCAUUUUGUAAUUAUGGUGUAAACCGACUUAUAUAUUGUGAGUAUAUGUUUUCUUGCAAACAAUAAAGUUUUCAGAAAAAG